UCUGUCUCUGGAUCUUCCUCUGGCCUUCAGCAGGGUGUCUCUCCCCCCCUCAGAAUGUGACUGUAGAGUUUCUGGACUUCCAUGGGAGAGUCCACUGGCUGGCCGGAGCUGGCAACACCAACCAUACCCACUACUCUGUAGAGAUGCAAUCAUGGUGGCAACCCUGUAACUGCAGCAACCCCGUUGCCAUGGCGUGCCCCCUGGACAUUCCGCUGGAUGACCUUUUAAAGAAUUACAACGUCAGAGUGAGGGCGGAGCUGGAAGAGCAGGCGUCAGAAUGGACAUACCUGGAGCACACAGUACAGCCCUACUCAAACAUGUUGAGUGCCCCAGGUCUGAAGUUGUGGGUGGAGAACCAGAGUCUAUGUGUCGAGCUUCAACAUCCUGCUCAGAACAUCUUCAAAUUAUACAACAUCACACUGCUGAAGAAUGUUCAGGAACACAACGCCACGUCCAGACCACACCUACUGCCUCUUGGCCUCAGCCAAUCACUACAGCCUACGCCGUCACAUGACUGCUCAGGGGUGUGUCAACCUGACGAGACACAGGCCAGAUACACAAGGUUAGAUAUAUCCUUUUUACUGUGUGUGUGUGUGUGUGUGUGUGUGUGUGUGUGUGUGUGUGUGUGUGUGUGUGUGUGUGUGUGUGUGUGUGUGUGUGUGUGUGUGUGUGUGUGUGUGCGUCUGUCUUUCCAGGUCAGCAGAGAUUGGUGGGCAUGGCUGUGGGCGUGUUCCUGCUUCUGGCUGUUCUGAUUGGUCCGAUCGCUGUGACACGCUAUGUCCUGAAGAGCACAGACCCCACCCCCACAGCUCUGGUACCCAUCCACUAAGCCAUAAUCAUAAUAUAUGUGUGUUUGCAACAAGAUCUCAUUGUUUCACGGUGAAAUUUGACACAUUAUUGACAAGUAAUUUUUUUGAACCUGUUUAGCUUUCAUUCCAUGUGUUUAGAGGUUUUACAACAGGGUUGAAUCAGAAACACCUUGACAGGUAACAGUUAAGACAUUAAUUCAGACUGGUUAAGAAUAGAACUCAGGUUUGGGAUGAUGUUAAAUAUAUAUAUAUAUAUAUUAUGGUAAUAGCUUCGUGGAGUAAGCUGUUGCCUAUGGCUCUGAGGUUUGUGGGUGUGACCCCAGUGCUAAGCAGUAAGCUGUUGCCUAUGGCUCUGAGGUUUGUGGGUUUGACCCCAGUGCUAAGCAGUAAGCUGUUGCCUAUGGCUCUGAGGUUCGUGGGUUUGACCCCGGUGCUAAGCAGUAAGCUGUUGCCUAUGGCUCUGAGGUUUGUGGGUUUGACCCCAGUGCUAAGCAGUAAGCUGUUGCCUAUGGCUCUGAGGUUCGUUGGUUUGACCCCAGUGCUAAGCAGUAAGCUGUUGCCUAUGGCUCUGAGGUUCGUGGGUUUGACCCCGGUGCUAAGCAGUAAGCUGUUGCCUAUGGCUCUGAGGUUCGUGGGUUUGACCCCAGUGCUAAGCAGUAAGCUGUUGCCUAUGGCUCUGAGGUUUGUGGGUUUGACCCCAGUGCUAAGCAGUAAGCUGUUGCCUAUGGCUCUGAGGUUCGUGGGUUUGACCCCAGUGCUAAGCAGUAAGCUGUUGCCUAUGGCUCUGAGGUUUGUGGGUUUGACCCCAGUGCUAAGCAGUAAGCUGUUGCCUAUGGCUCUGAGGUUCGUGGGUUUGACCCCGGUGCUAAGCAGUAAGCUGUUGCCUAUGGCUCUGAGGUUUGUGGGUUUGACCCCAGUGCUAAGCAGUAAGCUGUUGCCUAUGGCUCUGAGGUUCGUUGGUUUGACCCCAGUGCUAAGCAGUAAGCUGUUGCCUAUGGCUCUGAGGUUCGUGGGUUUGACCCCAGUGCUAAGCAGUAAGCUGUUGCCUAUGGCUCUGAGGUUCGUUGGUUUGACCCCAGUGCUAAGCAGUAAGCUGUUGCCUAUGGCUCUGAGGUUCGUUGGUUUGACCCCAGUGCUAAGCAGUAAGCUGUUGCCUAUGGCUCUGAGGUUCGUUGGUUUGACCCCAGUGCUAAGCAGAAAGCUGUUGCCUAUGGCUCUGAGGUUCGUGGGUUUGACCCCAGUGUUCUUUCUUCGGGUGAUCUUUGGGUGAGUGCAAAAUAGAUCUGUCUUUAAUGUUUGGGGAACAUGGACAAACAUCUAAUAUUGAAGUCCAAAUUUAGUGAUCUCCCUGGUGUGUGUUUGGGUGUUAACUCUGUCUCGGUGUGUGUGUUUGGGUGUUAACUCUGUCUCUGUGUGUGUGUUUGGGUGUUAACUCUGUCUCGGUGUGUGUGUUUGGGUGUUAACUCUGUCUCGGUGUGUGUGUUUGGGUGUUAACUCUGUCUCGGUGUGUGUGUUUGGGUGUUAACUGUCCCUGGUGUGUGUUUGGGUGUUAACUCUGUCUCGGUGUGUGUGUUUGGGUGUUAACUCUGUCUCGGUGUGUGUGUUUGGGUGUUAACUCUGUCUCGGUGUGUGUGUUUGGGUGUUAACUCUGUCUCGGUGUGUGUGUUUGGGUGUUAACUGUCCCUGGUGUGUGUUUGGGUGUUAACUCUGUCUCGGUGUGUGUGUUUGGGUGUUAACUCUGUCUCGGUGUGUGUGUUUGGGUGUUAACUCUGUCUCGGUGUGUGUGUUUGGGUGUUAACUCUGUCUCGGUGUGUGUGUGUGUGUGCAGGGUGUGUGUGUGCGUUCAGCAGGGUGCAUGGUGACUCCGGAACAGGUGGUGUGUCUCCCAGUGAUGUGUGGGACUGCCCCCUCUGGUUACCUGAGAGCUGUCAUGACUUUUCACCUUGACGACCACCUGGAGACAGAGACCCUC